AUGAGAAUAGGUACCCAGGACUGGAGCGCAAACUAUGCCACUUCGGAGGAAAUUUAUGACUACUUCAAGAGCUUCAGUGACAAGUAUGGGUUAGAAAAAUUUAUCAAAUUCCGUCACCAAGUCAUUGGGGCGCGAUGGGAUGAACAAGAGGCCUUGUGGCAUGUAACAGUCCAAGAUCUUGCUACAGGCAACACCAUUGAACGGACAGCGCAAAUACUCAUCAACGCUGGCGGCAUCCUCAACUCUUGGCGCUUUCCACCAAUCCCUGGAAUCAAUUCGUUCAAAGGACCGCUGGUCCACUCAGCUGCAUGGCCCAAAUUCGGUCUUGAGCUUACCGGGAAGACGGUGGGCUUGAUAGGUAACGGCUCGUCUGGGAUCCAAAUCCUCCCUGCGAUUAAAGAUAGAGUUGGGAAACUUGUAACAUUCAUUCGUGAGGGAACCUGGGUCGCACCUCCGCUAGGCGGCGAGUACAAGGCAUAUUCGAAAGAAGACAAGGAAAAUUUCGCCGCGGACAACAUGUUUGGAAUUUUUCAUCAGGGAUCGCAGCAGCAGAAGAGCCUCCAACAGUACAUGAAUGGUUUGAUGAAGCAGAAGCUCGGUAACCCACAGCUGGAGAAGGUGCUGAUUCCCAAAUGGGCAGUUGGAUGUCGCAGAUUGACGCCGGGCACCAACUAUCUUGAAUCGCUCAAUGACCCCAAGGUACAGACAGUGUAUGGCGAGAUCACCAAUAUCACGCCUACCGGCGUCAUUUGCGACGAUGGGAAGGGCGAAUACCCUGUCGAUGUGCUCAUCUGCGCUACAGGGUUCGACACGACUUUCAAGCCGCGAUUUUCAGUUGACGGCGCCAGGGGCGCCAAGCUUCAGGACAUGUGGAAAGAUGAACCUCAAGCAUAUCUAGGCAUCGCAGUCGACCAUUGCCCAAACUAUAUGUUCACUCUAGGUCCCAAUUGUCCUAUUGGCAACGGCCCGGUACUCAUCAGCAUCGAGGCAGAAGUUGAAUACAUGAUCAAAAUACUUUCGAAAUUCCAAAAAGAGAACAUCAGCGCUUUCGAGGUGCGCAGCGACGCAGUGGAGGAUUUCAACCAGUGGACGGCUACAUGGAUGAAAGACACCAUCUGGGCUGAACCGUGUCGAUCGUGGUACAAGGCCGGGUCAGCGUCGGGCAAGAUCCUCGCUUUGUGGCCUGGAUCCACUCUUCAUUAUCUCGAAGCGCUGCGUGAACCACGCUGGGAGGAUUGGAUCUUCACUCGCCCGAGCGGCAGCAAUCGGUUUCAGUAUCUUGGUAAUGGUCACAGCACGGCUGAAGCAAAUGGAGGCGAUUUGGCGUAUUAUAUCCGCAAUCACGAUGACUCAUAUAUUGAUCCGUCGUUGAAGAGGGUGCAUUGCCCUUCCUUAGGAUGA